CCCCAACCUUCACUCACUUCUAUUCUAGCACUGCAUCUUUCUCCAUCAACGAGAGUAGCUUCUCUCAUUAUAACAGCAGGUCUUCCAUAUCGUCACUCUCAGUACCUUUCGUCAUGGCAGCCGCUCCAGCGUACCCGAUACAAAUCUUGACGGACGAGCUCAAGUCGGAAGAUGUAGUUUUACGUCUUGCCUCCGUCCGACGGCUAUCGACCAUAGCGUUAGCAUUGGGACCUCAGAGGACGAGAGAUGAACUCAUGCCUUUUCUUACUGAUCAACUGGACGAUGAAGACGAAGUCCUACUAGUACUAGCAGAAGAACUAGGGGGACUUAUCGAAUAUGUUGGAGGGAAAGAAUGGGCUUGGGUCCUUCUCGCCCCACUGGAGAAUCUCGCCGCUGUGGAAGAAACCUUGGUCAGAGACAAGGCCGCUGAAUCAGUAUCAAAAAUCGCAUCUGUCCUUUCCCCUCAAAUUAUCGACCAACAUCUCUUACCCCUCCUUAGACGACUCGCUUCAGGUGAUUGGUUUACCCCACGUACAUCAUCAGCAGCAAUGUUUGCCGCUUCUUACCCUGCUGCAUCCCCCACCGCGCAAGAAGAAAUGCGUCAGCUUUUCUCUCAGUUAGUGACUGAUGAUACUCCCAUGGUCAGACGUGCAGCUGCCAAAGCCCUUGGUCCUUUUGCAAAAUCUAUCAUUGCUAUCCCCUCUCAACGACAGUUAAUCAUUUCUGAGAUCAUUCCUCUGUAUCGGAAACUUUUACUGGAUGAUCAAGAUUCUAUCAGACUUUUGACUAUUCCCGACUUGAUCGCGAUCGCAGGUAGUUUGUCACCGGAGGAAGUAAAGGCAGAGCUGGUGGAAGCUAUUCGAGCUUCGGUAACGGAUCAAAGUUGGAGAGUUAGGUAUAUGGUCGCGAAUGAGUUCGUGGCUUUGGCGGAAAGUGUAGGGGAGAGUUUGAUCAGAGAGGAACUUGUCUCGGCUUUUGUCAGUUUAUUGAAGGAUUCAGAAGCGGAAGUCAGAACUGCCGCUGCUGGUCAAAUCCCAGGCUUCUGCAAACUCUGCGAUCGCGAAGUCAUCCUUGCUCGAAUACUCCCAUGCGUCAGGGAGAGGGCAACGGAUACCAGCCAACAUGUUCGUGCGGCUCUCGCUACACAAAUUUCAGGAAUAGCACCUCUCAUAGGCAAAGACGCAACCAUCGAACAUCUCUUACCUCUGUUCCUCCAAUUACUCAAAGAUGACUUUUCAGAAGUCCGUCUUAAUCUCAUUUCAAAACUUGAACUCGUCAAUUCUGUCAUCGGUAUCGAUCGUCUAUCCCAAGCUCUCUUGCCAGCUAUAAUGCAGUUGGCAGAGGAUAAACAAUGGAGAGUCAGACAAGCUAUCAUAGAAUAUAUCCCACUUCUCGCUACUCAACUCGGAAAGACUUUCUUCGAUGACAAAUUAGGAGCAUUGUGUAUGUCUUGGUUAGGGGACACUGUGUUUUCUAUUCGUGAAGCAGCAACCAUCAAUUUGAAGAAAUUGACAGAUGUGUUUGGUGUGGAGUGGGCGAAAGAAACUAUCAUUCCAAAGGUUUUGACUAUGGGUGAUCAUCCGAAUUAUCUGUAUCGUAUGACGACUGUCUUUGCUAUCACUACAAUGGCUCCAUCCCUUACCCCUGAAAUCGUCCGUGACAACGUACUCGAAGCUGCCAUCCAUCUCGCCUCUGACGACAUACCAAACAUCCGAUUCAACGUCGCAAAAUGUCUCGAAACUCUCGCCGGUGUCCUCGUCGGUGAUGCGAACGGACAAGAAUUGAUACAACAACGCAUCCUCCCUACUUUGCGAAAACUGCAAGAGGAUCCGGAUGCCGAUGUGAGGUACUUUGCUACGAAAGCGUAUGAACGGACGGCCGGUGGUGAGGCUCGGUCGGAACCUAUGGUGUUGGCGUGAUGAAGUUCAAGUAUUCAAUCCAUAUACGACUGUAUGAUACCACGUCCAAGAGGACAAUGAUCGAAUGUAGACGAUGCUGCCUUUG